GUGCUGGGAUGUGUCUGUAAUCCAGCCUCUGUCUGCCUCACAUACACAAGCAGAGAAAGACGAGAGGGAGACGGAGGGACAGAAGGAGGAGAGUUUGUUGUCAGAAUGAGUCGGCAACAUAGUCCAGCGAUGGAAAGCUUUCACACAUAGAUAGGUGAAUAGAUAGAUAGUUCAAUAGAUAUAUUACAUAUAAGUUAGUGAGUGGGUGUCAGCUGUAUGUGAAGCAGAAGAAGAAAGAAGAAAAGGAGGAGAAACAUGAGCCGGCAACAGCAGGAGUCCCAGGGAGUGGUUUUAACGGGUUACCACAGCAACGCGGAACUGUUACCGAGAACUGGACCGUGCGAACCCAGCUGUCCGUCAGCCCAGGACCUCGAGUCCACUGUGCCCAGUCGCAGAACAGGCCACUACACUGUUCAACAGAACCAGAGCCCACAUCACGGAGACAAAUCUGGGCCUUCCACUACCACCAACAGUACAAAAACCACCAGCACUGACCCAGCGUCACUGCUAAACCCAAGCGUUGUCGCUUGCCCCAGGUUUCAGCCCUCCUCCUGCCCCAGACACAGUCCCAAUUCCAAGCCCAGACCGCGGCCCCCAUGUCAGCGCUGCAACUCUCAGGAAUCUCUGGACGAACUGGAGAUGGACGACUAUUGGAAGGAAGUGGAGAAUAUCACUCGCUCAGGAGGAGGAGCAGGGAGGGGAGAAGGUGGAGGAGAAGGGGAAGUGCAAGAGGAGGAGCAGCAGAAGAUUCCUGAGGAAGGCGAACAGGAAGAGGCUUGGCUUACAGAGGCAGGGCUAGCACGGCUGUUUGAUGAUUCACUAGCAGCUGACCAGGAUCAGGAAGAAGACAGCGCGGUGUUCCUGUCCACAUUGACCAGAUCUCAGGCGGCAGCUGUGGAACGUCGUGUGACAUCACUACAACAGACAUGGCUACGGCGACGCAACCGGCAACACGUUCCCGAUGUCAGGGAUAUAUUCAGACCUCCUGAAAAGGAUGAGGAGCCUAGUAAACUUAAAGGGGGAAGUGAGAAUGGACAAAAAGAUGUCACUUCAGCUGCGAAACGAGACAAGCUGAACGUUGAAGUGGCGUUUUCAGAGCAGCGCUCACCUACAGGGACAACAACCAAGUUAAACGUCAUCGCUAGCCCUAACUCACCUGAUGACAAUUACCAGUGAAACUUUAAGCUGCUCCGAGAUAAAACAGGUCAGACCAGAAUUGGAGAUCUGUCUCCUCUGGAUAUGAAAAAGGUAUAUAGACUGGUGCUUGUGGAGUCGACUGCUCUGUUUGACACCGCUGGGAUAGACCUCAAGGCACACAAAGCUGUCAAAGUUAAGACAAAAGAAAGUGGUCUAUUUGGUGUUCCCCUUGCCACUUUACUGGAACAGGACCAGAGGCGGGUUCCUGGAACCAAAGUGCCAUUCAUACUGCAGAGGUUUAUUAGUCAUAUUGAGGAGGAGGGACUAGACACCGAGGGGCUACUCCGGAUCCCUGGGGCAGCCACCAGAGUCAAGUCACUGUGUCAGGAGCUGGAGUCCUCUUUCUAUGAUGGGGUGUUUCCAUGGCAACAGUUGAAGCAGCACGAUGCUGCUAGCCUUUUGAAACUGUUCAUCAGGGAGUUACCCCAUCCACUGCUGACUGUGGAGUACCUCAACGCAUUUAUUGCUGUCAACAAGCUCCCCACAAAGAAGCAGCAGUUGCAGGCUUUGAACCUGUUGGUCCUUCUGUUACCUAAGGCCAAUCGGGACACUUUGAAGGCACUAGUGGAGUUUUUCCAGCGUGUGAUUGACCACCAGGCCAAGAAUAAAAUGACUCUUAACAACGUCUCUGUUGUCAUGGCACCCAACAUCUUCAUGUUCAAAGGUUUCCGCUCCAAGGUUACAGAACAACAGGAGUUCUCCAUGGCAACUAGCACAGCCAACAUUGUCCGGCUGCUGAUUCGAUACCAGAAUCUUCUAUGGACAAUCCCGAAGUUCAUUAUGACCCAGGUCAGACAACAAAACAUGGAAAGCCAUCGCAAACUAAAUAAAGAGAGGGCUGUAAGAAAGCUACUGAAGAAGAUUACCACCGAGAAACCAUCUGAUAAAGCUGUCUCUGAGGAGAGUUCACAGGGAUUUAUCCGAGUUCAAGCACCACAAUUCAGUAAAGUGUCCAUGGCAGUUCAGCUUACUGAAGAGUUGCAGGCUGCUGAUGUAUUAACACGCUUCCUCAGCCAGGAGAGUUUAGUGGCAGUGAAACAAGAAGAGCUGUGUCUCUAUGAGAUUGGUGGAAACAUCAAGGAGAGAUGUCUAGAUGGGGAAACUUACAUGAAAGACCUCUUCCAGCUGAACCCUGCCGCAGAAUGGGUCAUCAAAGCUGUGCAGCGAUAAACUCGUUCCUACCAUCACGCCCUGCUGGAUAAUGGACUGCUCCAAAUUUACCCCAAUGUAUGCUACUAAGAGCAGACGCCACCUGGAUCUCUGAGGUUUCUGCUGGUUCUGAAUGUACUCAGACUUUGUUUGUUUGCUUGUUGCUUUAUGAGCACAUGGGGUUGCAUUGGUUUUCCUUGAAAACUGCCAAAAAAAUACAACUAGUCCAGCGGCAGUCUUAAAACAUAUGAAUCCCUUUUGCAUUUUUUUCCACUGAAUUGAACAACUACAUUGUCAGACAAGAAAAAGGAAAAGAAUGUGCUUGGAUACUGCACAACACAGACUUUUUUUCCACUCUGCCUUAUACUACAUGUUGGAAUUUUGGGCCUCCGUUACUCUUAGACUAAAGCAUCAGACAGUUGAGCAGGGUAAAUAAAACCGCCUUGUCAUCGUUGGAGUAUUGCAGUUGAUUUAUUGCCACUAAUCACUUUGUUGUGUCUUCAGUAAUACGCUGAUAUAAUUUAGUUUGGGACAAUAAAAUAUCAAAUUUUAUUAAAUCAUGAAUCAAUUAUAUAACCUUUUUAAGUCUACUAAUUUUAAGAAAAUUGGCCUUUAUUUAUUUAUUUUUUAUUAAAAGCCCAAAAAUUUUAAACAUGUGGUCACAAUAUUAAUUGUGAAUAUAUCAAAGCACUUGAUUGUAUCCAGAAUAGGAUGAACGUUGGAGUGAAUGGGCAUAUAGGGGGUUUAAAAGCUGGAUGGGGACUUCAGAGACAGGAGAGGUGAUGAGGUACUACUGUACUGUAAGUUAUAUGUGAGGGAGGGGCCCCUUAUUGUGGCACACCUCAAUAGUGACCCCACAACCUUUCAUAAUAAUGUCAUCACUGACAGCUAACCAGAACAUGCAAUGAUGACAUCACUGUUUUUAGGGUACAUUUAAACUGCUGUACAUUAUACAAUUUUAAACCGAUGUUUGAGUAUGUUAAUAUAUGAUCCAUCUUCAAAAACUGCUACUCGCCAGUGUACAAAUGUAAACACGUUUUUAUAUAUGUAUAUAGUAGCCUAUGUGUUUGCUCACAUGGAAUUCAUCAAUUGCCUUACAAGUUUCUUUUUUAAGUUACAAGACUUGAUCAUUUUAAAGAUGACUCACUGUAUAAAUGGCCUUCAAUGAUAUACUGUCACAUGAUGGGUUUCCAAACGUAUGUGGACACUAAUUUUUUAGGCUUUUGUUGUUUUGAUUUUUGGCUCUGUGCUUUUCACAGUCUGGAUCAGUUUAUAUAGCACACUGGCAAAAGUUGUGUUAAUCCAGGAAAAGAAAAUCUCCAUUUUUUCUCUUUGGCACAUAGCUGUGCUUCUUGUGACUUUCACCACAAAUCUAAUCUGAUUCAGUUUGGUUUCUCACAGUUUUAACAGGAUGUGGAGGAUCAUUUCAGCACCACAAAGUCAAAUAUUACAGAUAUUACUCUUGUAGAAAGCUGUAGAAUACGAAUAAUAUGUCCCUGUUUGAAAAUGUUAUGAGCUAAGUAACUCUCCGCCUUGUAUUAUCUUGUUUACUGUGAAUGUUUUUUUUGUUUUUUUUUAAUGAUGUCUUUGUCUUAUUACCACCUCUGAAAUGACCACUAAAGCAGCCUGUAAAUAAACAUGUAGUUAUUACAUACAGCA